GCUGGCCGAGCUGAGAGAGGGCAGAGGCUCCUCAACUAGCCCGCCACCUCCCAAGUUUCCCUUGUGGAUGCACGUUCUGGAGGUUCUGCUCCUCCAGGCGCAGAGGGGCCCGAAGAGGCCGGAGGAGCGGCCACGGGACGGGAUUUCUGAGGCAGGGGAGAGGACGGGCGCCCGACCCGCUGUGUGUGGGGGAGGGGCUCAGUGAACGAUGAAGAGCCGCAGGCGGCGACGCCGGGAGUACUGCAAGUUCGCGCUGUUGCUGGUGCUCUACACGCUGGUGCUGCUCCUAGUCCCCUCCGUGCUGGACGGCGGCCGCGACGGGGACAAGGGCGCCGGGCACUGCAUGGGCCUGCAGGGCAGCCUGGGAGUGUGGAGCCUGGAAGCUGCGGCGGCCGGUGAACGCGAGCAGGGUGCAGAGGCGCGGCCCGCUGCUGAAGGGGGCGCGGGUGAGUCCCCCGGGUCCCGGGGCAACCUCAGCGGCGCCGUCGGGGAGACGGUGUCUCGCGAGAAGCAGCACAUCUACGUACAUGCCACCUGGCGCACGGGCUCAUCUUUCCUGGGCGAACUCUUUAACCAGCACCCGGACGUUUUCUACUUGUACGAGCCAAUGUGGCACCUAUGGCAGGCGCUGUAUCCGGGAGACGCCGAGAGCCUACAGGGCGCGCUGCGUGACAUGUUGCGCUCGCUCUUCCGCUGCGACUUCUCUGUGCUGAGGCUAUAUGCGCCGCUGGGAGACCCCGCCGCGCGAGCCCCGGGUGCAGCCAACCUCACCACGGCCGCCCUCUUUCGCUGGCGGACCAAUAAGGUUAUCUGCUCGCCGCCUUUGUGCCCCAGCGCACCCCGAGCCCGCGCCGAGGUCGGCCUCGUGGAGGACACCGCCUGCGAGCGCAGCUGCCCUCCCGUGGCACUGCGUGCCCUGGAGGCUGAGUGCCGCAAGUACCCGGUGGUGGUCAUCAAGGACGUGCGCCUCCUGGACCUGGGUGUGUUGGUCCCACUGCUGCGUGACCCAGGACUCAACCUCAAGGUAGUGCAGCUUUUCCGCGACCCGCGGGCUGUGCACAAUUCGCGCCUGAAGUCUAGGCAGGGGCUGCUGCGCGAGAGCAUCCAGGUGCUGCGCACCCGCCAGAGGGGCGACCGCUUCCACCGCGUGCUGCUGGCGCACGGCGUGGGCGCUCGCCCUGGGGGCUCGUCCCGCGCGCAGCCCGCCGCCUCACGCACCGAUUUCUUCCUGACUGGCGCGCUCGAAGUGAUCUGUGAAGCAUGGCUGCGCGACCUGCUUUUUGCGCGCGGUGCGCCCUCCUGGCUGCGGCGCCGCUACUUGAGGCUGCGCUACGAGGACCUGGUGCGGCAGCCGCGCGCCCAGCUGCGCCGCGUACUGCACUUCGCCGGGCUGCGCGCGCUCGCCGCGCUCGACGCCUUUGCGAUGAACAUGACGCGCGGCGCGGCCUAUGGCGCGGACCGGCCCUUUCACCUGUCGGCGCGUGACGCCCGCGAGGCAGUGCACGCCUGGAGGGAGCGCCUGAGCCGAGAGCAGGUGCGCCAGGUGGAGGCCGCCUGCGCCCCAGCCAUGCGUCUGCUGGCCUACCCCCGCAGCGGAGAGGAGGGCGUCGCGGAGCCGCCAAAAGACUUGGAGAUAUCGCUGGAGAUGGAGGCCGAGGGCGCCACGUAGCCCCUCACUGUUACCCCCGGGGCGGAUCCGGGUCAGUUACCAUGAACUGAGGCACUCCGUGUGCUGCCCCACCACUGAAGAAGCAGUGCUGUGGAGACAAUCCACCAUGCUGUCAGAGGCUGAAACUUGACUUGGUACCAACUCUGUACAACACUGCUGAGCAGGAAUCUUGUGAGCUGUUAAAUAAUGAUGGGCACACAGGCUGAGAUGAAGUUUCCAGUAAGGAAGUGACAGUGCGAUGUGGACAAUUUUGGCCAUAAGAAGAACUUUAGUUCCCAGCCUGAACCUGCCUCCGCUGGAGCCAUUUGAACAACAUGUCCUCACAACAAAGAGGAGAUGUGAUUUGGUACCAUUUCACAUCAGCAAGUGUCUGGACAAAAGCAUCAAUGUGAAUAAGGGCCAAGUGCAGUCCUGUCUCUCUCGAUUAAAUUACUUAAUAUUAAAUAAAAGUUCUGAGUGGUAGUGUUUUAAACCUGACUUACUCAGCUCUCUUUCAAAUAGAUCCCCUGGUUAGAACUUAUUAAAAAACAGUAUUUUUUAUGUCCCUGGGGUAGGAGAACCCUAAUGAACUGAAACACAUUUUUAUUGCUUUUAAAUUAUUCUAUCUGGUGUUUUUGUAACUUUGGAGUCAUGUUAAUGACAGGAUUUUUUGUUUUGUUUUGUUAGAAAGCAGCAUUUAUGAUAUAAUUUAACAGCAUGGGGUCAAGUAAAAGCCAGUCUGCAUACAAAGGAAUACAAAGGAAACUGUAUAUUGGGUUUAAGAAUCUUUGGAAUUAUCCAUUAACAACCUAAGCGUAAAGCUGAAAUGCCAAAUCCACUUGCCUAAAUCUUACAAAUUGGUGUUGCUAAUACUCAGGGUUUUUUAAUACUCAGUGAUGCUUUGUACAGGGUUCUACACUCAAAGCCUGUAAAAGACUUAUAGGUCAGGAGAAAUCGUAGGCAGAGGUCAGGUUUAAUGUAUUUCUUUUAACCCUAAGGCACAUUUUAAAAAUUUCAAAAAUCUGUUGCCAUGAUUUUUCAACCCUAUUUUAAAACUGAAUUUCUUCAAGCAUCUAAAUCAGGAGUCAGCAAAAACUUUCUCUGGAAAGGGCCACAUUGUGGGCUAUACAGUCUCUGUCUUAACUCCUCAGAGCUCUGCUGUCAUUGCAGCAUGAAAGCUUUCACACACAGUAUGUAAACUAAUGACUUUAUUUACAAAAAUAGGGCUAGAUUUGGCCCAUGGGAGGUAGUUUGCUAACCCCUGGAGAAGAAUAGCUUCCACCCAGAAAAGAACUUCCUUGAUAAAGAAAGGAAAAAAAGAAGACUAGGAAUAAAAUCAGCCUUUUCUGCUGACAGAUGAUACUUUUUUAAAACACAAAACAAGAUUAGCUCAGCCAGUA